CUACUAAUUCAAACUAGUAGUAGUUUUUCACUUGGUUAGGACGGUGGUAACUAUUGUACAAUUAGCACCGUAACUCCUCCCCUAUAUACGACAUAAAUAUUUUUUUGGAUACGAACUCAUACUAAUAAUUGGAACACGGGUUGGGUCAGGUUCUACGGGUUGUGUAAUCCAAAAUCCAAACACAACCCAAAAGAGGCGGGUUGUACAAAAGAAAACCCUCACCCAACCCAAAACCUUCGAUUUAGCGAUAAAUACAGUUAGAUUGGGUCGGGUUGGACGGGUGGAUCGAUUUGCGGGUGUGUUUAUUCACCCCCUAGGUGUAAUUUAGCAACGACUCUUCCACGCAUCAAAGUUGCCCAAUCAAAGGCAAACGUCUUAACAAGGGAAACUAAACCGAAUCAAAUUAAUUAUGUUAGCCAUUUCAAACCGAGGAGGAGAGAUUGAAUAAUCUACUUAAAAAAGGCGGAAGAGCUGCGGAAGCAGCAAAGAAAGAGAGAGACGGACGGACAGAAAGACAGAGCAGCAACACAAGUCACAAGGUGAAGGAGACAAAUUUCUGCGCUCUCAUCUUUGCGUAGUGGAGUUCCUCUUGGGUCAGCUUCAACUCGUUCCGUGCUGAAACGCCUCUGUGCCCAAUUCCGACUCCCCACCCACUGAACCAUAAGAUCACCAAGUUUUAUUGAUUUGCUGCUCAAAAGAGGACAAGGGUCUCUUUUGAUUAGCACCUUGAAAUUUCCCUGAUUUCUUUCUUCUUACUCAUUGGCUUCUGCUGAGUUCUACUGGGUUGGCCGGAGAUUUUGACCAAUCGAAGCUUUGUUGUCCACCAGCUACUUCUUCUGGAGCUUGAGAUGUUCAACUAUUGAAUUUUAAUGGGUACAAGGUAAUUUCAUUUGUCUUCUGUUUCUGGGCUUGUAGCAUUUUGCACUUUUUGGUUCUUCCUCGUAUCAAUCAAAAGCACGAAUCCCCAAUAGUUUUUCGGUCUGCUCCUUUGACUGAUAGUAGAUAGUUCUUGUUCACGCUGAAAGUUGCUUGCUUGAAUGACAUCAGUGAUCGUAUAAUCAUGCUUACAUAUUGUUCGAGGAAACUGCUUCUAUCAUUGCUUUCAGAUUGAAUCCCAGCUCGUAUUGGAUUCGUUGAAGUUGUUCUUUAGUUAAAACUGUUUUCCCUAAUGUAACGGUUCUUGAGCAGGAAAUAAUGGAGUCUCCAUGAAUGUGGAAAUGGGUCGUGGUUUGGUAGCUCAGAAUCUUUCUAUUGAUACUCUAAUGUAAAGUUGUGUAGUUGGAUAUCAUUGGUUAUGUUCUUGUGUAGCUUCCCCAUAUGGUUUGGUAUAGGAAUGCACAAGUCGAUAAAAAAUGUAUCCUGAUGAUUAGCUGUUUCUUGAUGAGCAACCCUUAUUCACUUUUUACUAUUAAUGAUAGUUUGAGUUCCUGAACCUCAUUAUUUAAUAUGGUCCUUUUGUUGAAGUGCAAUUUUCUGGAUUUCUUUAGCCUUUGUUUCACUGGGACUCAUUUGAUUUCACGUUAUCUCGUGCUUACCCUUAUUCAUCCAGUCUCUUGGUUGGUCUGCUUUUAACCAAAGCAUUCUCAUCAGCAAAACAAUCCUUGACCUUGAAUGAUUACUGUGCUUGGAUCAAGUCUGUAGUGUCUUGAAAUUCCUUUCAAGAUUGUUACUUUCCCACCGUGUUUGAGUUAUUAAGUACAUCAUUGGCAGUGUGACUGAUGUGGGUGUGUAUUAUUUGUUGUAGGUCUCUCUCCAUAGAUACUCCGGAUUCUCUUUAUGAGAGAGAUCUGGUAGAAGGAGCAGGUAAAGUUAGCCGAGGUGGAGGGAGUUUCAAAAACCAUGACUCCAGUUUGGUUGUAGAGCAGAGGUCAAGUCCAUUGAGAAGAGAAGCAGUCAACAGGUCAGCAUUUGCAAUGAAGACACAUGAAAAUGGAGAAAUUGAUUUGGAAGAUGGAAAGUUGGAAAAGCCUGUAGAUAAACUUAUGCGCAGUAACAAAGUAAUCGUGCAUAAUCAGGCCUUAUUAGCUGGCCUAGCAUAUUGUAUUUCUUCGUGCAGCAUGAUACUGGUCAACAAAUUUGUGCUUUCCAGCUACAACUUCAAUGCUGGUAUAUCUUUGAUGUUGUACCAGAACUUUAUUUCAGUAAUUAUCGUAACAUCAUUGAGCCUCCUGGGGGUAAUCUCAACAGAACCACUAACAUGGAGAUUGAUCAAAGUCUGGUUGCCUGUUAAUGUCAUAUUUGUUGGAAUGCUCAUCACAAGCAUGUUUAGUUUGAAGUAUAUCAAUGUUGCCAUGGUCACAGUUUUGAAGAACGUGACUAAUGUUAUCACUGCAGUUGGCGAGAUGUAUCUAUUCCAGAAGCACCAUGAUAAUAGAGUGUGGGUGGCUUUAUUCUUGAUGAUUGUUUCAGCCAUUUCCGGAGGCCUCACCGAUCUCUCUUUUCAUGCUGUUGGCUACACAUGGCAAAUCAUUAACUGUUUUUUGACUGCAUCAUAUUCGCUCACUCUACGUCGGGUGAUGGACACAGCAAAGCAAGUUACUAGAUCUGGGAACCUAAACGAGUUCUCAAUGGUCAUGCUCAACAACACUCUUUCUCUUCCUUUGGGCCUUGUUCUCAUAUUUGUAUUCAAUGAGGUGGACUACCUCACAACCACCCCCCUUUUGAGAUUACCAGUUUUCUGGCUAGUAAUGACGUUGAGCGGGUUCUUGGGCCUCGCUAUCAGCUUCACGUCUAUGUGGUUUCUUCACCAGACAGGGGCUACCACAUACAGCCUAGUUGGAUCAUUGAAUAAGAUUCCUUUAUCUCUUGCUGGCAUCCUGUUGUUCAAAGUACCUACAAGCUUGGAGAACUCUGCUAGCAUCCUCUUCGGUUUGUUGGCUGGAGUAUUUUUCGCCAGAGCUAAAAUGCGCGAGAGACCAUAAUUUGGUGACUGAAUCUGAUGGCAAAACUGCUGAUGCAUACAGCAUUAGGUAUCUCCCUCCUUAGCUCAUGGAAGUGCAUGAAACCCUGCUAACUUCGAGAACCACUGGUCCAAAUAGAUUUUGUACACUUAUUUUCCAAGCCGCCAUCUGGGUCAGCUGCUACUACCUUAAUACUUCUGCAAUGGAAUGCGAGGUCUGCAUUCCCUCUUUACUGCCAUCCAUUUUGCUUAUGAUAAUUGAUGUAUGUAUCUGUGUGUUUUUGUUGGGCAAGACGCCCAUUGUAUCAGCUCUUUCUUGAACUGGCCACUGGGUGCUUCUAGGAUAUGAUGAUUAGGUCCCAGAAAUGGCCAUUUGCAUUGUAUUGUAACUUAUAUGAACCGAACCCUUGCUCAAGGGAACUAAAAACGAAUGAAGAGCAAGAGGAUCACGAUAACCUCUGAUAACAAAGAUACAAUACAAUGAUAAAGUAUCU